AUGGACGUGAGAAGUCUUGAACUUGAAUGGCGAAGUCAGGUUUGGUCGAUAAUUAGCAACCAUUCAGUGUUGGCUUGUGAAGCCGUUUACCUCGUACAACAGUUUUGUUGGGGGGAAACGAAAAGGCUAUCAUUGAAAAACAUAAGGAAAGGCUGUUGUUUGGCUAAAGGUGCACAAUGUCCAUUUGGAUACGGCAAAAAGAAGUCCCAACCGGCACCAUCAAGUCCUCCAAGUCCACCGUCAAUAAAUCCAAAAGAGACGUUUAUUCAAAGCACUUUUAUGCAUUUCGAUAAAACAGAAAAUGAACGUCGUUUUAGUGAAAUUGUCAAAAAUGUUCUUGAGAGAGUACGAGAAUCAUUGAAGAAACGAGUGCAUUUAAAUAUUGACAACGAAAAUAUAAAUUGCUCUGAAGGUCACGUCAAAUGUGAUGAAUACGUCGCUGUUGAUGGUUUUCAUCUUUUAUUAAUUGAAGAAACGAACGGCGAGCCGGCGGUCUAUACCAUCAGUUCAGAAUUGAACAAAAACGAUGGUGCUGUUGAAGCAGCUUUGCUUGAUGCCUUUUCUCGCCACAGUCAUCAUGACCUUACCAGAUAUGCAAGUGAAGAUGCCGAAAAAGCAGUUGGUUUUAUACGAAAACUGUCAACAAAGGAGCUUACACGAUUACGGCGAAGGAAACCGAAGAAGAGUGCUGCCAUUUUUUCACCGAUUGAGCUUGAUUUAAUCGAUCAGUCUAUCCUGGAGUACCGAUCAUUUACCGAGCCAGAAGAUUAUCGUGGUUUGGAAAAGUUGAAUGCAAAAAGCGUUAUGAAAUCAAUUAUUGCUGAUAAAAUUUCAUUUGUUCUUUAUUGGAGUAACGGUAACAGUGUAAGUCAACAUGUCUUUUAUUUGUGGUCGAAAUCGGCAGAAGUGUUGAAAAAAAGGUAUCCAAAUGUGUCAUUUGGCGCUUUACCAUGUCAUCAGGAAACAAGGAUAUGCGACAAUUUUGAUAUAACAACUUUCGAGAUGAGGACAAUAAUAGCUUACAAAAGUGGUCGUCGCUACAGUUCAACAUCAAAAAUCGGCAAUCUUUGGUACUACGUCGACUGGGCAUCUCUAGUUCUAACUGGAGGCCUUAUUGAACUGAAAGAAGAAGAAGAUGUGAAAAAGGCAAAAAAAGGCACAAUAAAACAGUUUAGCAAAAUAGUGUCGUCUUUAACAAUAGGGUUUUUUGACAGUGAAGAUUGUGAAGAGUACCAGAAUUACACUGAAGUCGCAACAAUCUUAAAAGGACGAUAUUAUUUAUGCUAUUUCAUAAAGAAAGGAUCAUCUCCGACACUGAUGACAAUAAGACCAACUGAAAAGCUUAAAAGAAUAGAUUUCAAAAAUGCUUUUAAAGUUCAAGAUCUGGCUCACUUCAUCUCAGUAUCAUCAUUUCCAUCUGUUCUGGACAUUUCUGACGGCUUUACUCCUGGAUUACUUCAAAGAAGUGAUCAACUGCUGACCUUUAUUAUCACAGCAAAGACUAGUACAGCUGCAUAUUCAAGCUGGUGUCAACGAAAUCCAGCGUAUUUAUGUACUAAAAUAAUAAAGGAGCAAUGUGAAGCAUUGAAAGAGGUGAUGAGGAACCUUAGGAUUGAAGAAGACGCAUUCAACUUAUUACUGCUCAAAAAGAACAAAGUCUAUGCUACAUUAAUCAAAGAACCGUUUGACGAACGACAACUGCAGAACCAAAUUGAAGCUUUUGCGAAAAGUAAACCAACAGGUGAAAUAAAAGAAAAUGCCGUUUAUCCAUUUCGGUACUUGCAACUAUCAAAAAUAAACCGCAUCUUUGGCUAUCAGGAAACCAUACUUUUGCCAGAGCCAAAACUUGUUAAAAGUUAUACGAGUGAGGACGGCAUAAGUGAGGUUAGACGGAAAGAUACUGGCGGAUGCCCGUUUAUGAAAGCACAAGCACAGAACAAUUUUAAAGAUGAACUCUGA